AUGGAGGGGCUGGUGCGCUCCGCGCGUAGCAUUGAGGCAGACUUGGAGGAAAUUUGCCGGCGCUCCCAGAAGGUCAAGGAGAGUGUGGAAGGGAUGCUCUCCGGCCUCCCGCAGCAGAUCGAAGAGCCGGACGGCACCGACCUGAUGCUCCCGGAGUCCUUGAAGGACUUUUGGGUCGUGCAGCAGGCCAACAGCUCGUACGCCAUGGGAAAGAACCGCGAGGAUGUGUUCGAACGGCGAAAGGCUUUCCCUUUGUAUGGCAUGUGGGAAGAGCUGAGCGCCAGGGCCGAAGCCAUGCGGUCACAGACGACUCUCAAGCAUUCCAAGUCCUUCAUCAAUCUGAAGUUGACCAACGCCUUGGAGGACACACAUGUUCAGACCCCGAACGAGGAUGAACAGGUGAACUCCUGUAAACGCACGCUGGCGGACCCUCACUCGGAGUUCCGCUUGCUUUGGUCGUUUUGUGCUUUGCUCUUCGUGGUCUUCGAUGCGAUCUCCAUCCCCGUCAUGGUGAGUUGGGAGGUGCCCAGCGCUGAAUUGGUGGGCAUUUUGGUGCCCAUGAACCUCUACUGGACCAUCGACAUGUUCUUCAGUGCCCAGACAGGCUUCUAUGAGCAUGGCCUACUAGUGCGAUCCUCUGGUCGGACACUGCAGCAUUACCUGCGGACUUGGUUCGUCUUUGACGUCAUCGUCAUCUCCUUCGAUUGGGUGAUGAUCAUCUUGGAGGAGGCCUCUGCCGUCGGCUCCAGUGCUCGGGUGCUGCGUGCCUUCCGCAUGAUCCGCAUCAUUCGCCUCUUGCGCCUGGCCAAGUUGCAAGCAAUCGUGCAGGUGGUUGAGGAUUCCUUGGGUGUAUCCUAUACCCAAGCCUUUCAGUUGCUGCUGGCAGUUGUGAAGGCGUUGCUCGUGAUCCUCUUUAGCGUGCAUGUGCUGGGCUGCUUUUGGUACCUCAUCGGUCGUUUGGCCGAGGAAAGUCAGGAGCAGGACAACUGGCUGCGUGUGUACAUGAUGACGACGAAACCCGGGCCAGUCCAGUACCUAGCCAGCUGCCAUUGGAUUCUGGGCCAAUUCACUCCGGCUCCAAGUAGCAUUCAUGCGACAAACACCCCAGAACGGUCCUACAAUGUCUUCGUGAUCUUCUUCUCCUUGCUGGUGGUUGGCAGCUGCAUCAGCCGUGUCUCUGCCACCAUCCAGCAAGUCAUCAAGCUGAACAGCGAGGUCAGUGACCGUAAACGGUCGGUGGCGAUGUACUUGAAGAUGAACAAGAUCAGCACGCACCUCUGCAUCCGGGUUCUCCGCUUCGUGGACCACAGCCUCACACGGCACAAGGCGGCACCCUUGGAUACGACGCUUCUCUCGCAGAACUUGAUCAACGAGCUUCACAUGGACCGGCGGGGGCCCAUCCUACGCCGGCAUGGCAUGUAUGGCUUCUUGGAGUCCAUCUCUGCCAAGGCCUUCACACGACUCUGUGGUCUGUUGCAGUUGACGGUCUUCGAGGACCAAGAAGUGAUCUUUGCCAGCUUCACUGAGGGGAGUGGGAUGUACAUUUUGGGCCCCGGCACCUAUCAGGAGCAGGUGGAGGACGAGGUUCACCGGCUUCACCAGAUGGAGCACUAA